CAGAACUUGCAACACAUUUCCUUUCAGUGACACAAGAGGCCUAGAUCAGUGGGGAACAUGGAAGCCAUCAACCCUUCCCACUACCCUGCCACAAGAGCAGCUACAGUAGCAGAGGACUACAUUAACUACAAGCUGGGAGGCCCCUAUCGCCUCUUUGCACUGAACAAAGUGAGCCAGGCCAGCCGGGAGAGGAUUGCAGGAGUUGGAAAUAAAUACUCCCUUACCUUCUCUAUAGAAGAUGUAUUGAAUGAUAAGCACAUUAUAAAUUGCACUGCAGAAGUGCUCCACUAUCUCAGUGAGCAGCACACAGCACCCAAUGUGACAUUUACACUCCAAACAGAACUUCAGGGCAAUGUGGAGGAUAAAGAUAAGGAAUUCUACAACAAAAUCAGGAGCCUGACUCAACUACUGGUGGCACACGACAUUCCAGAUAAAUUUGGCAAUGUACCUGCAGAGCUGGAGCCAAUACGGAACCUUGCACUGGCUGCUUGUGGCUUUGUGAAAUGGCAGAACUCCACUGAAAACACAUUCUACAGGAUGGCAGUAAUCAAAAGUGUCAGACAGCAGAAAAGAGAAGAUGUUGCUCUGGAGUUUCACUUUGAUAUGCUGAUCCAUGAGAUGGUCUCUCAGGAAAUGGUUCCUUGGCAAAUGGAUGUUUUAUGGGACCCAUCAGGAGGGCUGAAAAUAGUGAGACAGGUCCGUCUGCCAAAACAGUGCUGCUGCAUUGCACAGAACGACUGACAUAGUCAAGGACAUAUGUGGAAAAAUAAAGAGAACUAGAAAAAAAAAAGAAAAGAAAUGAAGCAUCGUUUCUGAUGAAUACUUACGGCACCAGUUUGCUGAUUGUCUCUCUGAAGGCAACUUUAGGUUUA